AUGGCAACCACCGCGGAGGACAUCAACAGCAAGGCAGAGAUGGUUGAAAUCGAGCCCAAGACCGGUGUUGCUAUCAAGUUGGAGACGUCGAAAGAAGAGAAGGUGAAUGGUAUCAACCCCAAGAUAGCAAGUGGUGAGACAGGAAAAGAGAAGAUGAAUUGUGAGAACGGAAAGAAACCUGCAGAAGAAGAACCAAAGAAUGAGAAAGUUCCCAAGGAGGCAACGAAUGGGAAAGAACCCAACGGUUUGAGGAAGAAAAGCAUGCUUGGCUUGGGCAUCAAAAUUUAUGGCUUCGGGAUAUAUGCAGAUGACGAGAAACUGAAAGAUAUUCUAUGGUCAAAGAUAGGGAAAGCCCCAGCAAAACCUACGAAGGAAAUGUAUCAAGUAGUAAUUGACAGUGAUUUGGGUAUGAUGGUGCGACUGGUAAUCGUGUUUUCUAACCUUACCAUGAGCAUGAUAAGAAAGAACUUCGAUGAAGGUCUGGGAGCAUCCAUCAAGAAACUCACUGGUGUAAAGAAUGAAGAGCUCACAAAAAGGAUCAUGGGUGAGGCAUCAGAUGACAUAAAGCUGACAUCUGGUUCUGUGAUUGAGAUUUCUCGUUCUCCAGGAUUCAUACUACAAACAAAAGUCAAGGGCGAAAUAGUAAGCACAGUCGAAAGUGAACUACUUUGCAGGGCCUAUAUCCACAUGUAUUUGGGAGAUGAUCCAUUUGACAAGGAAGCAAAGGAAAAUUUUGGGAUGUCCAUGCUUUCUCUCUUCUAA